AUGUCGAAUAACCCCUCUUCUUCCUCCUCAAAGCCGGUUAACGACCUCAUACGAUUUUGGGGUGGCAAUAAUGCAAAUUCCGCCGAUUUUACUCACAAAAGAAACGACGUGAUAUCAUCGUCUUCUGUGGAUACUACUUCACUUCCACCCACACCCCCGUCGAGUCUUUCGAUUAUUGAAAUACAGACUCUAUCAAAGAAAAAUGACAUUGGUCGGAUCGAUUGGAGCUCAAUUCCACAACCUAGACUCGAAACAAUCGAUGGUAAUGCUAAAAGUAAUAGCAUAUCGAUUCAAGAGAUAAUAAAAAAGCCAUCACCUGCAGCAAUAUCUCUUUCAAAAUCGAUAAUUCAUAAUUCUCAUGUGAUAAUUCCGUCUCAUUCAAGUAGUAAUAAUACUACAAUUCCACCGCCAACGUCUCCGUCCAAAGAGGAUAUAACGUUUAUUGGAAUAAAACGUGACAAUGUUAAUAAUGACGAAAUAAUACCCGAAGAACCACCCCCGCGUCGUACUCUCCCACCAAUACGAAGAGUCACGAAUCUAAUUACAAAAUUUGAAAAAAAUCGAUCAAAUUCAUCCGGAUCGUCUAAAAAUUUGGCCUCACCAUCAUCUCCUACAUCCCCAUUUUACCAAAGAAAACACGAUAAUGAAAGGAGUGAUAACAAUAAUCCACCACCAUUACCAUCAGACACCGGUGAUAAUAACAACAACCAUCCAAUACAGAAUCCAUCAUCAAUAUUGUCAGAUUUCCAUGAAACCAUUGAAAAUCAAAAAUUAAAAGGAAGAUCUAAUAUUUACAAAGUGAUUGGGUCCAAAUAUAUUGGUGGUUCAUCCAGUAAAAAGCCUCACGUGCUGGCAUCAGCACAGGAGACCAACAAUUAUAUGAUGGGGAAGAUUAACGAGAAAAAUAGCGAUUUUCCUCAUAAUGAAUCUAUUCUUGAUAAUUAUGACAACUUGACGAUGACUAAUGAAAAUAAAAAAGAACAAUUGAUUACUGAUAGCAAUUUUGCUACUAGUAUUCGUAAUAAUCGAAAUAGUAUUACUAUUAUUAAUGAAUCCGAUUCAAUAUCUAAAAUUAAUAAUAUUACCAAAUCAAAAAGCGAAUCAAAGAAGCGUCAAAUAUCAACAACUAGAAAUCUACAAGAAUCGCGGUAUCCAAGAAGACAGUCAACAUCGUCCAAAAAGACCCACCAUCAUGAUCACAGCAACAAGAUAGAACGAAAAAAAACUGUGCUAGGCCCACGACCUUAUUCAUUAAGAAGGCCAGCACCAUCUACUUCUACCUUCCCUACGCCAAUAACUCUACCCCAACGAAGCCAAUUAUCACCAACAAACACAUUGAAGAGACACAAGGAAUUAAUACGUGCCACUUCGAUAAAAAGUCAAACACACGAUCUUCCCGAAUACACAUCAUCAAAAACGAAAUUAUCGUUAAUGGUGCCACAUAACAUUGCGAAUUCUGAUUACGGAAAAUUAAAUCACUCUGUGCCGGAUUUAACGGCUCGGAAUCGCGAUAGUAAUUUCAAUCGUAAUUAUCGGAAAAAUAAUCAAACUGUCCCUGAUUUAACAAGAAUAGAGGUGUUUCUCAAAUCCGAAAAGGAUAAUGUUAAUGAUAAUUAUAAUUAUAAGAACAAUACACUUGAAUUUGAUUUAACUAAAGUAACGAAAUUUAGUUUUAAUGCAUAUGACGAGUCGGACGAAAUCAACGAGCUAUUUAAACCAGGAGCACCAUGGAUCCAUUUACCGCAACUAGACGAAUUCAUUAAAUCCCUACCGAAAACAGAAUUCACAUCACCCAAAGACAUAAUGACCGAUGAAGAAUACCAAAAAUUCAUAGGACAACUUAAGUUCUACAAAACGGAUAUAUUUCCGCCAAUGAAUCAGAUUCCCGAUGACCUUUCACUCGAUGACCUAAAGAACAAUAACAAACAAAGUAACCAGCGGAUGCAAAAUGACAUAGUUUCUGCUGGUAUCGACGGAGUACUUGGCGCUCAAGGAUCAUUGUAUGGGAUUAAUAUGAUGAAAUUGGAAAUAUUUCGGGAUUUUAUACAGCUUCUCACGUUAACUUUGUCGUUUGUCACAUCAAACUUAUUUGGAACUUGGCUACAAACUUUAUUGGAUACACUGCCGAAUUUGUUUAGUUUAAACUUUCAAAAUGUGUUUGGAAACGGAUUUGCUUUUUUGUUGGCGUUUUUUUUAAUUUGUUUUGCGGCGCUCUAUUGGUUUAGAAAGAUGACAAAGCAUGACCCGAAUGAAGUCGUCGAGGGAUUAGAAUCCUAUCCUUGGAAUCUUCGUCCAGAACGAAGUAAAAAGGAAAAUAUCGUGGUGGUAUUUGUUAUCACAUCUUUGUAUUUGCCUUUAUCAAAACUUUCGAUUGACGCUCUUGUAUGGUCGGAUACUUUUUGGCCUGUUACAAAUCCAUAUCUAACUACUGAUAGUCCCGAAUUCACUCCACUCGGUUCACCGGAUACUUAUCGAGCUCCCGAUGAUUUUUGCUAUGUGACUAGUAUGCGAAAGCAAGAUUUAAAUUUCGCAUUCAUCAUUAUUCCAAUAGCACUCUUAAAUCUUGCAGUGUUGACUGUAUGGUUUCCGAUAGCAUUGAAACGUCUGGUAGACAAAAAUCUACCAAGAGUCGACAAGUUCAAUGAAAUGGGUGAAGCUCGAAAAGACAUCGACAAAGAUUACAAAGAAUUACUAGACAAAGACACAUGCCCCUACAAUUUUCUCUAUAACGGGUACCAUCAACGAUGGGCAACCUACAAAACCUUCAUCAUGGUCAAUAAAAUAUUCCUUAUACUGUUAGUAGUGCUCAUCUCCAAAGACAAUUGUCUAUUUCGCUCUUUUGGACGCACGCGAAUCGAAACAAUACGACAAGCAUUGCAAAUCACGCUAAUGUUUACUUUGUUGCUCAUUCAUUGGCGAACCCAGCCAUUUCUUUUGGAAAGUCAAAAUAUCAGCGAGUAUUGGUCGAGAUUUGGCUACAUGAUUACAAGUUUUUUGGGAUUAUUUGUCGUACUUCAGGUUGGAUCUACCAAUGCAAUCUUUAUUGUGAUAACUGUCAUUAAUUAUACAAUGGGAGUGGCGGUGGUCUGGUGUGUGAUCAAGGAGACUGAUCGAUUCCAGAGUUUCGUAAAGAAUAUGCAACAACGAUUGGAUUUUUCGAUAAAUAUCUAUUCACCGAAAUUGGAUUUCAAUAAACAUAUUAAACGGCGGAUAUGGCAAGAGACAUGGACCACGCUUCUUUUAACUUGUGACCAAUUCAAAAUGCCCGAGAAAAAAAUAGUCGCCUUCUCACAAAGUUCGUAUCGACCUCCCUAUCUCCUAAAUUUCAGCGGCUCAGUCGCCGAAAGACAUAUCGAAAACCUAAAAGUAAUCCAACACAUCGGGAUAAAACAAUACAAUGCAUCAAUUGCCCCAUUAUCCGAGGCUCUUGCGAUAAUGAGACUAAAAAUCUACAAUAAUUUUGUAGGUCCGGAUAUGUACUACGCGCCGGAAAUGUUGAUGGUUAAUCUGAAAACGUAUUUCGGGAAAGCAUAUGUCGUGCCGUUUCCGUUCUCGGUGGUGUUUGUCUAUGAUGAAGAUGAUUCAGUGGUGACGCUUACUAAGGAGUGGGAGAUCGAACGGUAUAUUCGACAGAAUGAAGAUCGAGAAAUUGAGAGACGACGUGGGGUUAGGCAGAUGCUUAGGGCGUUGGAAGGAAAGAUUGUUGUAGGUCCUUGUUCUGAUAUCGGUGGUGGUCAUAAUGCGGUAGGUCUUUUGUCAAUACAACGUAAACAAGGAUCUCGAUGGCGAGGUAUAAACAUGAAUUCUGGAUUCGAGGUUACCAUCACUUAUACAGAUCAUGGUGAAAUAAAUGGUCCUGAUGACAGAGAAAUAUCACCAGAACCACCACCACCGCAUGAACGCGCAGUUGGUCACGACAUUCUAGGUAUAACAUCAGACUUUGCACUAACUCCACAACUACAACGACUCAUCUCCGACAACAGCCAACUUAUUGAAUCAGGAUUCCCAAAAAUCCGUGAACUAAUGAAAGAAUACCGCAAAUUCUACCAUAACGAAGCAGUCCACAAAAAAGAAACUCUCACUUACGCCUUCUUCAUAAAUAUCUACGACAACCCAUCCAUUCCACUAGAAUCUCUUCCUACGUUAUUAAUGUCCACCGAAGAAAACCCCUUAAUCCAUUCAAUCCCCGAAGCGGAGUACCCUGCUCUCGUCUACCUCUAUGAACGAAUGCGCGUCGUGAACCUGUCGCGCGUGCAUCAAUGGUGGUUCCUAUUUUGGGAUGACCUGUGGCGGAAAAAUGCGCACGAGAUCCCGUAUUUGUCGCAGCAUCCGCAAGAUUUCUCGCCAACGUAUCGAAAGAGUAUAUGUUAUCGACCGAUGAUACGUGCCAAGUUGGAAGAGUUUUUGGAGAGGCGCGGGUGUUGGAAGAAUGGUGGGAAAGCGGGGUUCUUGCAUUCUGGCGUUUUGAACCGGGUUUAUCUCUAUCUGAACAAUGUUAUUUUUUAUAGUGGUGUGAGGGGGAAAGGGCGAAAGAAAAGACGAGGUGGUGGAAAUGAUGAGCAUUGUGAAAAAGGAAGUCAUAGUGAUAAUACAUGGGAUAGUAAUAUUGUGUUAGGUCGUGUGCAGUGGACGUGGCGAGAACGAUUAGUCCAGGGACAAGACAUUUUACUUGGGCGACGACCCAACCCUCAAACUCGACCAUUUUUUAAACAAAUGCAAUCUUGGAAUAAUAAUAUAUCUUUAUAA